AUGAGUUCUUCGACGGACACAUAUGGAACGACCUUUGUUGUGGUGGGUUCGAAGACAACAGUCACUCCUCCAGUUCGAAAUUUGCCCAAAAGAACUCCCAGUCGACUUGACAAUGCUCGUCGAUGGGCGCCUACUAGCUACUCGAAAAACCAUGCGGAACAGCACAGACGAGUCCAAACAGGCCAGUUUUCGAAUAGCGAGAAUUCGCAGAACGAAAAGAAACUCGCCACGCUGCGACUAGAAGAGAAGGUUGAAGAGCCAUUGACGGUGCCUGAGCGCGCGCUUCCACCCCCGCCGCGGAGCUCUUCCGGCAGUCCUGCUCCCCCUCCUCCUCCGGCUGACUACAACCACUCCAGUGUUGCUAAAAGCAGCACCUCUGCUGAGCCGUUUUACAUUUAA